UGCCUAAAAAUACGUCAGAAGAAAAAACAAAUGAAAAAUCUGAUAGCCCUGAAGAUCCAGAUGACAUGGCUAGUCAAGAUAAGGCCAUGGCAGAGGAAACCACAUUUAGGGAAAAUGACCCUGAUAGUGGGGACAACAGCGUCUCUCCGGUCACCGGGUUUAACACCAAAAAUACCACCGUUGACCACCACAGGUAUUACCAGUCCUCCACCUAUGCAGGCGUAGAAAGUGCGGGGCAUUUCUGGGUUGACCUGAAUGCCUCGGAGAAUGUUGUUACAAAUGAGAUGCUUUCAACUUCACAUAGGAGAGCAGCAACUGUGACUCUGACCUUCGACUUCCCUUUUUAUGGCCACUUGCUACGGAAUAUCACGAUAGCCACUGGAGGUUUUCUUUUCACUGGUAACUUUGUUCACACGUGGCUCGCAGCAACACAGUAUAUUGCCCCUCUCAUGGCCAACUUUGACACUUCCUUGUCCAAGAAUGCCUAUGUCAAAUAUGCCGAUAAUGGAACUGCGUUUACUGUGCAGUGGAACAAUGUGCUGUUGAAAGACCAUAAGGAUGCUGGUACUUUCACCUUCCAGGUAACAUUAUAUGAAACUGGCAAUAUUGUAUUUAUUUACAAAGAAAUUCCCCUCAUUGUUUCAUCGAUUGGAGAUGACCAGCACCCAGUGAAAGUUGGGUUGUCAGAUGCCUACAUAGUUGAUCGGACUAUUUUCUAUGUUCGCAGGAAGACCAUAUAUGAAUAUCACAAGAUUGAUAUGAAGAAGAAUUCAGUUAUUGGCAAUUGGACAGCCAUUUUUUUUGAGGCCCUGCCAACAUGUGUGUCACUAAAUAGCUGCGAAAAGUGCCUUUCAACCAAGAUCAGCUUUGAUUGCCAGUGGUGCAAUAGAAUUGGGAGAUGUAGCAAUGGCUUGGACAGACACCGUCAGGAAUGGCUACAUAACAGCUGUGAGUCAACUAGCAUCCAGAACUCACAGGACUGCGCCAAACUACCCCCAGUUCCUUCCUCAACCGAGAACCCAUACCAGACUGCAAGUCCUGGUUCUGUGGACACCUUUGGCCACAACGCCAGGGUUGAACCUGCCAAUAGAGGCUCAGAUUCUUCCUCUGCCACUAACAACAAUGGAAGCAACAGCCCCAGCCAGCAGAAUGCCUCUGCCAACCUCCCAACUCCCACUUCCCCUCCUGUGCAUUCUAAUACAGUCAGCGCCAACACCAGUACUGGUAGUCUAGAGAACAACAGUGACACAGACAUGGCCACUGGAGGCAAACACCACAAAAACCAGAACACAGCUGAUAAGGGGAACAAAAACUCCACAAACUCCUCUUCCUAUAAUCCACUGGUGCCCAAAUCUCCCUCAGACACUGUCAACACCUCCUACUCCCCCAAUGCCUUCCCAGGGUAUCCUUCUAUACCCUACCCAGGCUCCCAUUCUGCCCUGGAUGCCUCGGACAGCAGCAAAGGGAUAGUAACGGACGGAGAGCCUGAUACUUUAGCUCACACAUCUGGGAGAGAUGAGGAUGGAGGUUCAAGUGUAGGCGUCGUGGUUGGAGUUGUGUUCCUCAUGGCUUUGGUUCUUGGCAUUGGAGGAUGGAUAGCCUAUGCGUACUUCUUCCCGCAUUCUUCAUCAGGUCAGAUCCUCAUUCGGUAUCGACCCAGCACUUGGUCGUGGAAGAGGGGAGAGGCCCGAUACACAGCCGCAGCCAUUCACAGCAUCCACAUGUGAGGGGCAAGUCAGCAAUCACACACGAACACUCAUCAGCAAGUUUGCAAGGGAAUUUGGAGACGGCUACAUAUGGGGUCCCAUGUGUGCUCCUUUGGAAGCUUUUGAUCUGCUUAUUACUCACUGACAUUUACUUGAAUGACAGUGCAAACUGAAGUUUACAGGAAUGUGUCCAGUCAGUUUAACAU